CCCCCCACCACCAACCAGCGAUGGCCGGCGCCGUCGGCUUCCUUGCGGACCUGAACGACCAAUGGCUCAAGCCACGUCUGCUCCGAGUGGUGGUCGGCGAGCAGCUGCCACAGCCGGGGAGCACCGUCCCGCCGUCGGAGCUCGCCUCCAUCCUCGACGCGGUGCGCACGCACGGCCUCCUCACCGAGGCCAUCCAGGGCCCGCCGGACCGGAAGCUCGCCGAGGCGUGGCGCGCCGCGGUGGACGCCUGGGUCCAGCGCGUCGGCGAGCUCCUGCAGAGCGACUCGCCACACAGUCGUUGGUUGGGUACUUGCUUUCUCGGCGUCACUUUCCAAGAUAUCAGCAACGAGCGUUUUCUGGAAUCAUACUCUGAUUGGUUUGAGAAAAUUCUAACCAACUUGCAGGAACCAUCUAGCUCGCAACUUGCUACCGAUGUCUCUUGUACUUCUAUGUCUGAUUUAUUUGUGAGAUUGGCCAAAUUUUUGAACUUGAAGAAAGAGGCAUCAUCCUUUGCUGGAAGAGUUGUCGAACCAUUAUUGCUGCUUUUAAAUGAAAAUGGUCCAGUGGCGGAUGAAGCGAUUGAUUUGCUGAGGACAGUUAUUAAAUUGUAUCCCUCAUCUCUAAAUCGGCACUAUAAUAAAGUUGAAUCCGCCAUUGCAGCAAAGGUUAUGAGUGCAGAAGUCAAUGUAAACUCAUCAAAGAAAUUUGCGCGAGUCCUAGCAAUGUUACCUUCUGUCCGAGUAUCUGAGGGCAGUUGGUCACUGAUGAUCCAGAAGAUACUGAUUGGGGUAAACAAUCUUUUGAACGAUGCUUUUGUCGGGCUGGAAGAAGAAAAGAAAGGCCGUGAGAUUAUGAUGCUAUUAGUUCCACCUGGAAAUGAUCCUCCACCAGUCUUGGGAGAUCAAAUAAAGUUGGGAGGCAAUUUGCAUGUAACAAAGAAAUUUCGUGUCUUCACUGUCCCAACCAUUUCAGCCCUUGCCCAUUGCUGUUGUGUGAUGCUGACUAGUUAUUACCCGGUUCAGGUCAAUGUUCCUGUGCGCGCUUUAUUAGCUCUGUUGCGGAGAGUGCUCUUAGUUGAUGGAUCAUUGCAUAACAAGAAGUUCCCUUCAACCACUUCCUUGCACCAAGAGCUUAUUUGUUUUGAGCUUCCGUCAUUGCAUUCAUCUUUCUUGGAUUUGCUCCAUGCAACUAUUAAAGGAAUGCGAAGCCAACUUCUACCACAUGCUGCUAAUAUUGUACGGCUUAUAGCUGAUUACUUCAAAAUUGCAAAGUUGCCUGCUAUGAGGACAAAGGUUUACAGCAUUGUGCAGCUGUUGCUGACCUCCAUGGGUGUUGGAAUGUCUCUGCACUUGCUAGAGGUAAUAGUCAGCAAUGCAGUUGGUGAUCUGGAUGAUAGUUGUGUAAACGAAAUGACUUUAUUAAGCACAAAUCCAACAAAAGUGACUAGUGAAUCUUCAUCAAAAAGUUACUCCAAGAAGAGGAAGCAGGAACCACAAAUACAAAAUUCACAUGCUUCAGGUUUGGAGAAAGCAGCAGCCAGCCCAAAGAAAAGGAAAACUUCUUCCACGCCAACCGCGUCGAAGGGAAUGACCCCUGAAACUGCAUCGUAUGUUACACCACUCUGCAUCAAAAUAGCUGCACUAGAAACCUUGGAAAUUCUUCUGAAUGUGGGGGGGUCAUUGAGGACAGAUCACUGGAGGGCAAAAGUGGACUUGCUGCUAAUUAACAUAGCUAGGAGUGCUUGUGACUCAGGAGCGGGGUAUGAGCAAUCAACAUCGACAGCUGGGGAGACAAGCAUAUCAGAUUUCCGACUUGCUUCAUUCAAGGCAUUGCUGGCAUCUUUCCUUUCUUCUCCUUAUGCCCGACCGCCUUAUUUAGCCCAAGGAAUUGAACUCUUCAGAAGAGGGAAGCUAGAGAUAGGCACUAACCUUGCAGAGUUUUGUUCUCAUGCUUUGCUGGCUUUGGACGUUCUUACUCACCCUCGAGCCCUUUCUCUAGAAAGGGCAGGUCCUUUAGUUCCUGGACUCAACCACAGUGGACCAGAAAAGAUAGUUUUUGGUGCUGGCAGAUCCAAGUUUUCACAAUCUGAAGGUCAGUUUCAGGUUAUUGAGAAUGAAGAUAGUGAUGAUGACUGGUUGCCAUCCACCAAGGAUAAUGAGCCAAAAGAAGAGCUCACUCUUGUCAAAGAAGAUCCGCAAACUGAUUCACGUACAGUUCCUGAGGCAGUACAAGCUGUUCCCACGCACAACAAGAGCGAUGUCAAUAAUAUGGUGGAUGCGGCUACAGAGGAAACCCACAAGCUAAAGACAGUGGAUAAUCCUACAAGCUCCAAUGCUGUUCCAAAUCCAAUUUACUCAAGGCCACCUGGAACACAGAUACCUGCAGUUGCUCCAGUGGACUUGCUGCUAAUUAACAUAGCUAGGAGUGCUCUUGACUCAGGAGUGGGGUAUGAGCGAUCAACAUUGACAGCUGGGGAGACAAGCAUAUCAGAUUUCCGACUUGCUUCGUUGAAGGCAUUGCUGGCAUCAUUCCUUUCUUCUCCUUAUGCCCGCCCGCCUUAUUUAGCCCAAGGAAUUGAACUCUUCAGAAGAGGGAAGCUCGAGAGAGGCACUAGGCUUGCAGAGUUUUGUUCGCAUGCUUUGCUGGCUUUGGACGUUCUUACUCACCCUCGAGCCCUUUCUCUAGAAAGGGCAGAUCCUUUAGUUCAUGAGGCAGUACAAGCUGUUCCCACGCACAACAAGAGCGAUGUCAAUAAUAUGGUGGAUGCGGCUACAGAGGAAACCCACAAGCUAAAGACAGUGGAUAAUCCUACAAGCUCCAAUGCUGUUCCAAAUCCGAUCUACUCAAGGCCACCUGGAACACAGAUACCUGCAGUUGCUCCAGUGGACUUGCUGCUAAUUAACAUAGCUAGGAGUGCUUGUGACUCAGGAGCGGGGUAUGAGCAAUCAACAUCGACAGCUGGGGAGACAAGCAUAUCAGAUUUCCGACUUGCUUCAUUCAAGGCAUUGCUGGCAUCUUUCCUUUCUUCUCCUUAUGCCCGACCGCCUUAUUUAGCCCAAGGAAUUGAACUCUUCAGAAGAGGGAAGCUAGAGAUAGGCACUAACCUUGCAGAGUUUUGUUCUCAUGCUUUGCUGGCUUUGGACGUUCUUACUCACCCUCGAGCCCUUUCUCUAGAAAGGGCAGGUCCUUUAGUUCCUGGACUCAACCACAGUGGACCAGAAAAGAUAGUUUUUGGUGCUGGCAGAUCCAAGUUUUCACAAUCUGAAGGUCAGUUUCAGGUUAUUGAGAAUGAAGAUAGUGAUGAUGACUGGUUGCCAUCCACCAAGGAUAAUGAGCCAACAGAAGAGCUCACUCUUGUCAAAGAAGAUCCGCAAACUGAUUCACGUACAGUUCCUGAGGCAGUACAAGCUGUUCCCACGCACAACAAGAGCGAUGUCAAUAAUAUGGUGGAUGCGGCUACAGAGGAAACCCACAAGCUAAAGACAGUGGAUAAUCCUACAAGCUCCAAUGCUGUUCCAAAUCCGAUCUACUCAAGGCCACUUGGAACACAGAUACCUGCAGUUGCUCCAGUGUAUAAUCCUUCUAGCUCCACUGCUGUUUCAAACCCAAUCUACUCAAGGCCAACUGAAACGCAGAAACCUGCAGUUACUACCCUUCCUGCUGAUCUUGUUGAGCGUCUUCAGAAUAGAAGCUCAGCCGUUCUUCAGAACAAAACCUCAGAUGUACCGUCUGGCAACUUGGGAACCUCAUAUCAAACACCAUCGGUCCCAAGCCUCGCUCCAAGCCAUACAGAGAGCUCUCCAACCCGCUUCACGCUGCCCAUUCAGCCAGCCUUCUCUGACGGAGAGUCUGAAGACUCAAUGCCAGACAUAGUCGAUGCUGACCCAGAUUCUGACUACGACUAUUGACUAGCCACCUAUACUAGUAUCUGUGCUCUGUAAAACUCCGGUUUACCUCAGAGUGACUAUCAGCAUAAUGUUCAUGUAUUCGUUUUCUUUUUUGCCUAUGAAACUUCCAUGGCUCGCUCUGGUUUUACCCUUUCAAACAAAAAAACAAAAAACUGCAUGUUGUGCUAAAUCUGGUAUAGAUACGACAUUUUUGUGCCCAGUGCACGGCAGAGGUGCCAGAUCUGUAUGCUUAAGAGUCUGCUUGGAACAUAUAAAUGAUCAGAAAAUAGACUGUCCCCAUGAAAGAUCAGAAACUUGUGUUUGAAUAAGGAAAUGGGUAAAUGAUGUGUUUAAGCAA